ACGGAAAUCGGGAUGGUUCGGCUGCGAUUCCGAAGAGAAGGAAAACACAUGAGGAGCAUAAAAUAGAAGAGCGAGCGCUAAAUACAGUGUGAGCGGGCGAGACCUUGCCGGGACAGACAGAUACAAAAUCUCCGAACACCUCUGCAACAGAAGUUAAGAAUCUUGAGGUUUCUGAUGCAAGAUGGUGAACGCUGUUAAAGGACUGUUCAUCUCUUGUGACAUACCGAUGGCGCAAUUCAUCAUCAAUUACGACAAUUCACUGCCUGCUUCACAGAGAUUCAUAAUACACGUCUUGGAUAGCACUCACCUUUUUGUGCAGCCCCAUGCUGCCGAGAUGAUAAGAAGCGCCAUUGCAGAAUUCAGGGAUCAGAAUUCAUAUGAGAAGCCUACUUGAGUGCUUUGGAGACUAAAUGUUUGAUUCAUCGUUCAUAUCAUGGCUUUAAAUCCUUCCUCCAGUUCUUUGUCGACUGAAGCUGUUAAUACGAAUCCCAGCUUCCUGUAAGAGAAAUUAUACUACCUUGUGCUUUUGUAGUCGGAACACAUGGAAGUUUGAAUGAUACCCAUGCAUUGUAUUAAAUGUA